GUUGGGGAACGGUUUCACUGGGCGCAGCCUCCCUGUGCGAGAGACACACACAAAUACAAAUGCAGUCCGGGGAUCUGGCUCCGACCGUCGGGGCCGCGGCUGAUUACCGAAGUCGGGAUAGGCACUUCAGUUCCUCUAAUGAGGGUCAGUUCUCAUCGGGUGUGACUGCCACCCUCAUUAACUGGUAAACUGGUUACCCUAGAAACCAGUCUGUUGGUUACUGUCGAACUAGUUACCUCGGUUACUGGUGUACUGGUUAGUUCAGUUCCCGAUGCGCUGUUUACCUCAGCUACUUGACUCGCUGUAUUGCGGCCUCCCGGGAUGUUUAUGAUCAGCUCAUGACGCUGCCGGUCGGUAACCGUGUCCCAGUGCCUCGUUGCCGCCAACAACCAGCAGUUUAGGUCUCGCCAGCCUCUCAGUGACCGCCCGGUGUGUUCUUUCCCUGUACGAUGCCGUUUCCGCUGCCUCUCAAGAGGGAGAAUGUCUUCAGUACGUUCGAUCCCAACUUCAUGCCCGGAUAUGGAGGAUAUGUCCCAAAGUUACAGAGUCGCCUGGGGGAGACUUAUGGAAACGCCACUCUUGAGCUGCUGUCAUAUGAACCCGGGCAGCCCAAGUCACCACAUUUAAUUCUAACCCAGACAAAGCCAUUGUACAAUCCCCAAGUCCCAAGACACCUGCUCAAUAGGACAUAUGGCCAUCCAGAAAUUACUACGUAUGCAGGACAGGUGCAGGAGAUGAACACCAAAAACGGCUACUUCUAUCCCAGGGAUGGUAAAUAUUAUUUUGCCCUAAAGAAUUAUGUUUAUGACAAUAAUCCUGAAGCAACCAGUGCUAUUCAAACAAUUGAAGAGCUCAGAAAAAUUGAAAGAAUGACAUGCAAAAGGAGUGAUAUGAUUGCACCGUGGAGAAAAUCACGGCCAUCACUUUCUGUGGCAUCAGAAAAUAUUAAACCACCAAGUAACUGCAAUUUCUUACGCCUGGUAUGUGAGCCAUCUUUUGAUCCAUGUCUCUCAGACGGGAUGGAUCUAUCCCAAACCCUAGAGAAAACGCCAACAGAGCAGCACAGCAGGAUUAUUUAUAAAAGUAACUCUGCACUCAUUUCCGGUUACAAUGGGUUUGUGCCAGGUCAGCAGUUUGUAACAGGUAAGAGCUGGGGCCGCAGUACCUGUAAUGUUCUGGGACAAGGAGAGAAGAGCUCCACAGAUUCACCAUGCCCUACAACUUAGAAAUAAGCGUCCUAUAGGAAUGAGCACCUUAGACAGCUAAAUUGUGACCUUCUUUAACUUUAAGAACAGGACUAAAAUCUAAUUUGAUUUCCCAAUUCACUGAGAUUGUUCUGAAUCAAGUUUACUGCAUGCAAUAAAAUUAACGCUGGAGUGAAUUCUCACAUAUUUAUGUAUUUACAGAUAUGAGGGACUUUGAAACCUGUAUUGCACUUAAAUGUUCAAGAUUUACACAGUGGAUUACAUUGUACAAGAAACUUUAAACUUAAGUAGAAAAAACAAUCGUUAUAAACUAAGAGUAGGUCUUAAAAUGAGAUCACAAGCUCCACAUUUGUGUGUGC